AGUAAAAGCGUUGCUUCAUCAAGAUCUUCACAAUAGAUUGCCAAAUAUCAGAAAACGUAUAUAAACCAAAUAAUUUUUUGCGUUCCCACACAACAUAUCCUAAGCUGGUUUCUGCAUCUGUAUGGUCUCAUUGUUUUUAUGCAAUAUUGCAUUUAAUUGCUUAAUUGUUAUCUCGUUUUAAGUGCUUUAAAUUCGUGUGCUUUCUGUGCUUAGAUCAGUUAUUUAUUGAUAUAAUUUUUCGCCGGAUUUUACUAUGUACGGGUAUAUAAGCGUUAUUCUUUUUCUGAGUCCGAUAAUAAUGGUAAGAGGCGAGCCUCCUGCCGUAUAUGGACCUCCAAAUCCAUCACACGGCACUUCAGGUGCCGGACAUGGGAGUGGAGGAGGACACGGCGGAUAUGAAGAACCUCAAUCGUACGAGUUUGGAUACAGAGUAAAAGAUGACUACUCAGGAUCAAGCUUUCAUCAAAAGGAAUCAAGUGAUGGAAAUCAAGUUCGAGGUGAAUACCGAGUUGCACUUCCCGAUGGAAGAACGCAAAUUGUUACCUAUUGGGCCGAUUGGAAGACUGGAUUUCAUGCAGAUGUAAAGUACGAAGGACAGGCAACUUAUCCAGAUAACGCCAAGAAAUACAUUCCACCUCCAGGUGCCAAUGCUGGAUACAUGUAUCCUAAUCCAAGUGGUCAAUAUGGUGCUCCACACUAGUUUUAUCAGCUCAACUGUAGUAACAAUUUUAUUAAAAAAUAGAUAUAUGUAGAAUGGAGAUUAAGAUAUUUAAACAGUUAAAAACUGUUAAAUGAUGAAAAAGCGGAAACAAAGAAAGGAAAUGGACCUGAGAUGGUAAACCCUUUAAUACCUGAAAAAAUAUUGCGAUUCUUGAGACCUUCAGUAAAAUAAUUUAUAAAUUUUACUUUGAUUUUCUUGACUUUAUACAGAGCAUUGCUUCACGAAAUUGUGAAGUAAAUACGUUAUGUGUAGCUAUAUUAGCAACGUGAAAAAAGAAUGUGAUUUUUAUAAUUUUCUCAAAAAUAUUGAAUUGACUUUCCGCAGCAAAACGAAUACACAAUAUUCAUAUUUAGUUUUUACUACGUUUUGCUUUAAGCUGAUUCUAAGAUGUUUAAACAGGAAGGUUCCUUCAGACAAAUUUUAAUCAACAUCAUAAAUGUUAGGUUCUGUAAGGAUUUUCGAAAUGUGAUUAUUUUAUUUAGAGCGUAACGCUUAUUUUUCUAGAUUAUGGUUUUUGUGAUAAGGUUGAGAAUGUAUUAGUCAUAUUUGCGCGUUUGUGCUUUAAUAAACAAAUUGCACUUUA